AUGGGUCCGGGUUUGGCCUUCAUUGCGUACCCGAUGGCGGUCAGUCUGAUGCCGGUGGCUCCUCUCUGGGCGGCGCUCUUCUUCUUCAUGCUGCUGCUGCUGGGACUGGACAGUCAGUUUGUCGGUGUGGAGGGUUUUGUCACUGGAAUUCUGGACGUGUUUCCUGGAAAGCACCACCAUCGCUACAAACGGGAGAUCUCUGUGGCAAUAUGCUGUUUGCUGUGCUUCAUUAUAGACCUCUCCAUGGUGACCCAGGGAGGGAUGUAUGUCUUCCAACUGUUUGACUACUAUUCGGCCAGCGGGAUGACACUGCUGUGGCAGGCAUUCUGGGAAUGCAUAGUAGUUGCCUGGGUCUACGGUGCCGACCGCUUCAUGGACGAUGUGGCCCGUAUGAUUGGCUACCGGCCUUUCCCCUGGAUGAAGUGGUGCUGGUCCUUUAUAACUCCAUGCGUGUGCAUGGGCAUCUUUCUGUUCCACCUCGUUAACUACAAGCCGCUGACCUACAACAACGUGUACGUGUACCCGUGGUGGGGCGAGGUGAUUGGCUGGUGUAUGGCGCUGUCCUCCAUGCUCUGCAUCCCCAUCAGCCUCCUCUACAAACUCUUCAGAGCCAAGGGAACCUUCAAAGAGCGCUGGGCCCACCUGACCACUCCGGUGUGGGGGGUCCACCACCUGGAGUACAUGGCCCCCGACAUCAAGUCCCUGACCUCGCUGUCCCCCGGCACCGACGACAACAAGGUCAUCAUCUUUGAGAGCGUCAUGUAGGCGGGACUCCGCCGAUCACAGCGCUCCAUCUCCAUCCGUCCCACCUGUGACAAGAUGGCCGACACCCGACCUCCAGACUUACCUCCACCCGGCACCCGGCCUCAGAGUGGACCUCCCCUCUCCCUGGUCGGUCUGUCUCCUCUGCUCCACCAAACGUCAGCCGGACCAAAGCUUCCCUCUUUUCCAGAUGAACUAAAUUUGUGAUUAAAACCAGCAGCUCACCGAGUUCUUUCCCCGCAGAGGGCGUCGCUUCGUCGACGUCUCAAUAAAGGACGAAAUGUUCCCACAACACGUCAAAGAGCACGAGAGGAGGACCUGGAGGCUGGACUUCCUCCAUGUUGAAUGAAGGCUGCAAUCUU